AUCUUGGAACAGAGAUUUUUUUUUUGGUUCUGCUUUUUAAGCCUGCACUGGCGGCUCUCGGCCUCUAGGGGGCUUUCGUGUUGUAGCUGUGGGAGAAGCCUAUACGGAGAGUUGGUGGCUGUCGGGGCUCGUUUCGGUGCGAGUCGCUCUCGCUUCUCCUCGACGGGGAUGUUCCGCGGGAGCCGGGGGAACGAGCCGCAUUUUUCGGCAGCCGCCGAGACAGAGCAGAGGCCUGUUUUCCUCUCAGCAGGCUCCAGAGGAGCUGCUAUGGCUUAAAAAAGAAGGACGCCGGGUUAAGGGGCAGGCAGCAGCGGCAGAGAGGCGCGUGGGAAGGAGGCACCAUGAGUUCAGCCGAAAUUAAGAAGCCACCAGUGGCCCCGAAACCAAAAUUUGUGGUGGGACAUAAAGUAGUGCCACCUCCUGUGGCACCUAAACCAGAUGUUGUCCUUGCAGAUGUUUUACAACCCACAAAGAAAACGAAACCAGCAAUAGCACCAAAACCAAAGGUUCUCAAUUGUUUGCCUGUUCCUGAGAUUAAAACUGUGCCAUCACCUUUAAGGAAAAAUUCCAAGAGUUUAGAAGAAUGCAAAAUAGACUCUUCUGAGUACUUGGUUCAUUUGAAUUACAAAAAUGGAGCCCCAAGAGAAAAUACUGCUUAUAUUAUAUCUGUGUGUUCAUGCAGUUUUGAAUGCAUGCAUAAAUUUGGGAAUGGGGAGAAUACUUGCAAAAAUCCAACCAUUUUUGAACAGCUGGAAAACUUAGAGAACAUUGAUAGAGCUGAACAACCAUCAUCAUCUCUGAAAUCUCGAACAAUACUUGAUAGCCAUAAUGGUAAAAGCAUACAUAAAAAUAGGGUAAUUUUAAAGGCUAAUUUUUUAGAUGAAAAGCUCAAAGAUGUACUAACACAAAGUGUAUGCCCCAAUAACAGCUGUUUGAAGCAAACACCUUUGAACAAAUUUGAAAAAGAUAACAUGAGUAGUUAUAAAAAGGACAUUAAAAUUGAGUUUACAGACCUGGUUUCGCCAUCAUCCAGCUUGGAGGAAAUGAUGGGCAAUUCAAGCAACCAUGCAGAGAUACCUGGUAUCAAGUCUGAAAUGUCAGGAAAUCCUCUUUUGACUGAAAAUAUCAACAGUUCCUGUUGCUCGCUUAACACAGCACCUUUGGAAAAAGUCAAUACUAGUGAUUUGCACACAGGCAUAUCCACAAAAGGGACCGAAGAAUCUUUAUCUUCAUUAAGAGUAGGCUCUGCACCAUCCCCUAAAUCUGCCCCAGUUCCAAAACCAAGGAAACUACGUGCUGCUCCAUGUCUAAUCCGGCAAGAUGGCAUAGAUAUCUCAGGAGAAGGAACAAAAGAGCUACUUCCUUCAGACUGCAGUUCUGCUGGGCUUUCUGAGCGUGCUGUUAGAAAAACCACAAAAAUUAAUGUUCUUUUUCAAAGUGUUUCCUAUAACAACCGAGAACUUAUACAUGCACUUGAUAAAUCAGAGAGUCCUUCAUGUGUUGCUGGGGAAAUGAUUCCGGAGGCAGAAUCUGCUGAAUCUGAAGAAAUGAUCCAGCAAAAGGUCUUGCCUGAAAGCCCUCACCUAGUAGGAAAUACUGAGCAAUCUUUAGACCUUAACUCAGUAAAUCCUGCUGACAAUAUAAUGGAACAUAACUGCAUGUUGGCUGCUAACGACAAAAAACCUGGAUUUAUAAGGUGUAGUAAUCUUUCCAUGAGUUUGCCUAAGCAAGUGAAAUUAUCGUGCAACCAGCAUUUGCCUGCCUUUGAAAGCCUAGAUGAUUUUGCACAAGAGAAGGAACAUAAAGGUGCUGAAGAUAAAGAUGAAAGUUCACCAAGAGUUGUUCCUAAGAAGCCUCAAAGGCACAGCAUUCCUGCAGCCGGACUAUUGAAAAAAGCCGCAUCAGAGGAACUGAUAGAGAAAAGUGCCUACAUUACUAGUGAGCAGAGAGAUUUAGAUCCUCCCUUGGAGCGACCUCGUAUAAGGCAUUUGUCAGCCAAAGAACAAAGUACUUUGCAAUCCUGUGAUGCUCCAAAGUUGUCUUUGGAGAGACCUGUUUGGAAAUUACCUCAUCCCAUUCUUCCAUUUUCUGGCAAUCCGGAAGCCUUAAAAAACACCAAGAAUGCAAAAAACACUCAGCUUGCAAGUGCUGUGACAAAACCUCGAGCCAAAUCCUUGUCUUCUGUAGAUAUGGACAGAAUACACCCAAAAGAGCCCCCAAAAGAGCCUCAAAAGAAAUAUUCACUAAAGAAACUUCUAAAUAUGAAGCUGUCUGUUUGCUUAAUGAAAAGUGACUUCCAGAAAUUUUUGACCAAGGGUAGCCAGUCGGCGGAUAACGGCACUGUUACUUUUUCCAGUGAUGAAGCGCGUGGCAAAACUCGGAAUGCAGCUAGUGCAACAAAUGGAAGGAAAACUAAACCCUCAAAGGCACAUUCUGCAGAAAUGGGCAGCCUAUCCUCACAAAAGGGAAAGCAGAGGUCCAGGGGUCAGGAUGAAUCAACAAAUAGCCAGAGAUCACAGUCCUUGGAUGAACAGAGUUUCCUAUCGCAAGGACAUGUGGAUUCUCUUACUCAUGACUACGUACCAGAAUAUGAAAAUGUGAGCCAUUAUGAAGAAAUCCCAGAGUAUGAAAAUUUACCUUUUGUGCCAACUGAUAAAAAUCCGCCUUUUGAGUGGCACAAUUCUAGCAGUGCUGAAGACCACGAUUCUGAUGUGUAUGAGGUACAAGAACUGUAUGAUGCAACAAGGAGUUGUUCAGAGUUUAGCAGGUCCUCAGUAGAAGUACUUGAUGGCUCUGAUUUGGUGUUGGAAGAUGAACAUUCAGAUGAUGAGAUGCUACAGAGAGAUGUUGAUAGCUCUGAUGAUGACGAUGAUGACACAAAUUCAGACUCUAGCAAAGGAGAGCCUGAUACACAGGAAAAUAAGCAGAUUAAAGCAGCUGGCAAGAAAACAAAAGUUUAUCAUAUUGCUAAAGAAAUAAUGAGCUCAGAGAAAGUGUUUGUAGAUGUUCUGAAGCUUUUGCACAUUGAUUUCCGGGAUUCAGUAGCACAUGCUUCCAGGCAACUUGGAAAGCCAGUCAUUGAAGACAGGAUCCUGAAUCAGAUCCUGUACUACCUACCUCAACUGUAUGAGCUUAAUCGGGACCUCUUGAGAGAACUUGAAGAGCGGCUGUCCCACUGGAUUGACCACCAGCGAAUUGCUGAUAUAUUUUUGAAAAAAGGACCAUACCUAAAGAUGUAUUCAACGUACAUCAAAGAAUUUGAUAGGAAUGUAGCUCUCCUAGAUGAGCAAUGCAAGAAGAACCCUGGGUUUGCUGCUGUGGUUCGAGACUUUGAGAUGAGCUCCCGCUGCGCUAACUUGGCACUGAAGCACUAUUUGCUCAAGCCAGUUCAGAGGAUCCCCCAGUACAGGCUGCUUUUGACAGAUUAUUUAAAGAACCUCUUAGAAGAUUCGGCUGACUUCAGAGAUACUCAGGAUGCUCUUGCUGUUGUGAUAGAAGUGGCUAACCAUGCUAAUGACAUCAUGAAACAGGGAGACAACUUUCAGAAACUUAUGCAAAUACAGUACAGUUUAAACGGUCAUCAUGAGAUUGUACAGCCAGGGAGGGUCUUUUUGAAAGAAGGAACGUUGAUGAAACUGUCCAGGAAGGUUAUGCAGCCGCGAAUGUUUUUUUUGUUUAAUGAUGCUCUGCUAUAUACAACUCCCGUACAGUCUGGAAUGUAUAAACUCAACAACAUGCUGUCCCUGGCUGGAAUGAAAGUUAGAAAGCCAACCCAUGAAGCUUACCAGAAUGAACUGAACAUAGAAAGUGUAGAGCGAUCUUUCAUUCUGUCAGCAAGUUCUGCCACGGAAAGAGAUGAGUGGUUAGAAGCCAUCUCCAGGUCAAUCGAAGAAUAUACAAAGAAAAGAAUCACUUUUAACCCCAGUAAAAGUAUUGAAGAGGCAGACCCAGAAAAAGAGACCGAAGAUAGUCCUAUAGGGUCAAAGGCGCCAAUCUGGAUUCCUGAUACUAGAGCUACCAUGUGUAUGAUCUGUACUAGUGAGUUCACACUCACAUGGAGAAGACACCAUUGCAGAGCAUGUGGGAAGAUAAUCUGUCAAGCUUGUUCAUCAAAUAAACAUGGGCUAGACUAUAUGAAACAUCACUCUGCAAGAGUAUGUGACCAUUGCUUUAAUGAGUUACAAAAACAGGAUAAGCUGAACACACCUCCUAAAAAUGGUUCCCCAGUAAAUCACAGAACUCCGUCUAGCACCUUAUCCACAGUGUUGCACAGUAUCCCAUCUGGAAGAAAGCAGAAAAAGAUCCCAGCUGCUCUUAAGGAAGUAUCUGCAAAUACAGAAGAUUCUUCAAUGAGUGGCUAUUUAUACAGAUCAAAGGGCAGCAAAAAACCAUGGAAACACCUGUGGUUUGUGAUAAAAAAUAAGGUGCUCUACACAUAUGCUGCUAGUGAGGAUGUAGCUGCAUUGGAGAGCCAGCCUUUAUUGGGAUUUACAGUUGCUGAAGUCAAAGAUGAACACUCGGAAUCUAAACUUUUCCAUUUGCUGCACAAGAAUACUUUAUUUUAUAUAUUCAAAGCGGAUGACCCCCAUUCAGCACAAAAGUGGAUAGAAGCUUUUCAAGAAGCCACAAUAUUGUAGCAUGCUUGCUUUGUUACUUAAAGGAAAGAAAGUCCGAUGACAAAGUCAAUACUAUGGUUCUGUUUAUUGAAGAGUCAUCAGAUUUUACAUACAUCAACCUAAACAAAGCUGGAUUGUUCACUGGCGUUAACGUCUUUGUUCAGGAGUAAUAAUUUUUAAAGAAAUGUGUAUACUUGUCUUUUUGUCAUACAAAAAGUGUUAUUUAUUAAAAACUUUGUCACUGUUUUACUUAAUGGUCAGAAUCAUUUCUGAGAUUCACAUUGAAUUCCAAAGUGUCCUUGACCUUAGGGAAUUUUGUUUGUUGAAAAGUUGUAGCAGGCUGUUGCUCCUUGGUUUGUCAUGGGCACAAUUUCAGGCUUCCUGUUCAGUUUGCUUUUGGAAAGUUUAAGGAGCAAGGCCUUUCAGCAGGCUCUCUCAGGCCUCUCCUUAUGCUUAUUUUUAAUCUGUGAUCAUUUGACUGAAAUGCUGUCCAGUCUUUCUCAGUGCAAGGUAGAUGAAUAGUUUCUGAGCCCUUUUUAAGUAUACAUAUAGAAAGAUUCAUGAACAUGUAACACUUCCAUAUGUGCAGUUAAACUAAUUUACUUCCAUCGAUCAUAUGCUGUUCUCGGCUUACUCCAGAAUAGCACAAUGAAACAAUGAGUCUGUGUAUUCAAUUUCACUUCAAAGAGGGCCUGUUAAUCCACUUGCAAAAGUCGCCUGUUAAUUCCCCCCGCCCUUGUUUUUAAAGGAAAGCUGAAAGGAUUAUUAUUCUACCUGCCCGUGCAACAUUACACCACAGAUGGUAUCAAAUCAUAAAUACCAAAGUGAUUUUAAAAAUAAUAUUCAUUGUAUUUUCCUGAAGUGUGAAUUAGAUCAUUGAAGCAGGAAAAAGCUUGUUUUCAGCAUGAGAACUUUUCCUUGACACAUGCUUCCCCACAGAAACAAAAGAAGGUCACAUACAUACUGUGGAAUAUGAUAGCUAGGGGCUUAUCAGGGGAUUUUUAAAUUUUUGUACUAUUUUAACACAAACUGAAACUGGAAUUCUAGUAUCAAGAAUGCACAAUAUUUUUGAGGAAUAACAUUGAUAAGGAAUGUCAUUCAUUCUAGUUUUCAUUCACAAUUUGAUCUGCUGGACACGUCAAAAAUUCUUUCUAUUGUAUUUUUAUAUUAGCAAACUGUUACUUAAAAUGAAAGCACUCAAUUAGUAAUUGUAUAUUUAUUUAAUAGUUGGAAAAUGUGUGUAUAUAAUAAUUGAAACUAGUACUACUACAAUGUAGGACAAGUCAGGGAAAUAUUAUUUAGAACAUUAGGAAGGUGGGUAAUUAUGCAAUUCUUGUAUCUACGCUGAAAAUAUCCUGGUGGACAUUUCAGAAUAGGAUACUCUGGUGUUCACCAAGUUGCUUGUUCACAUCAUUGUUCUUAAUUAUUUUUACAACGUGGAAGAAGAAUAAAAUAUCUGUUGAGUUUUUUGUUUGCUUCUAGUACAAGGGUUGUUGUAUCAAAAGCAUCACUAACAGAAAAAUUGCCUUGCUGCCAAAGAUGAGCAUAUAUGGUCCCAAAGAUUUUGCUUUAUCUUUGGGAAUGUGUAUUUUUUAUUUUUAAAUAUAUUGGCUGGCCUAGGUGGGAUAAAAAACAAGUGAUUUCAUGUUAGUAGGUGUCUAUUUUCAAAGGGGAAAAUUCAAAACAGAGGAACUACCGUAUUAAAAUGGUUUCUUAACUGAGGAGCUAUUCUGUAUAGUCCAGCUUUCCCCAGCUGGUGCCUUUCAGCUGUUGUUGGACUACAGCUUCCAUGAUCCUUGACCAUGCUGGCUGGGACUAAUGAAAAUUGGGAGUCUAGCAACAUCUGGAGUGCACGGGUUGAAGGCUGGUACACUCUGCUCUCGCCCUACAGUCCCAUUUUGUCUUGGACCAUGUACAGUGUGUGCUAUACACUACAUUUUUUGCCCAACAGUGAACCCCAAGGUUCCAUAAGAGUUCUUAAUAAGCAGGAAGAAUGAUAGCAAAAUACCAAGGAGCUUGCUAGUAUAGGAGUUUCGCCUAAAGCAGAAGUGGGAAGCCACUUUUAGCUCAAGGGAUGGAAUCCCAAAAUGGCCAACUUUCUGCAGGUCUUAUUGACAGCUGGGUGGGGCCACCCAUGUGCCAAUUACCUGGCAUAUUAUAUCAGUUGAUAUGAAAUAUUGAGAGCACACUUUAAAGUAGUAUUCAUCAACCGUGAGUCCCCAGAUGUUGUUGGACUACAAUACCCAUAACCUCUGACCAUUGGCUAAGUUUGCAGGUGAAGAUGCGACUUGUAGUCCAACAGCACCCAAGGUUGAAUAAUACUGCUCUAAAGUUUGAGUGUACUCCCAGUUCCUCCUUCACAGCCAUGCCCUGAUUUUGAGCCUUUUUUCUGAAAAAGGCACUGCGUUCAAAAAGCAUGGAAGUCAAGUGUGACUACAAAGGAAGAAUUGGGAGCACACUCGGAGACUUGAGGCUGAUAUAAGUUGCAGCCCCAAAACAGCUGGACAGCACUUGGUUGGCAGAGGCUGCUCCCGAGUAUUUGAAAAGAAAUGUAAGACGGCAAAUACCACUACCAUUAUGAACCAAGUAACUAACAAGAUGUGGUUGCAAUCUAGGCAGCCCCUUUAGCCUUGUGUGAGGGUGCUGGGCCUUUUCACUCUUCCCCCUGCUCUUAAUAGAAGCAUCUUGGUGCUGAAUCUGGAAACAUUUUGAAGUAUAGUUCAGAAAUGGCUUGGUCAGUAGAGCUGCCAUUAGCGGGAAGGGAGAAAUGAAUCAAAAGAUGUUCUGUGCACAAUGUUGUUGCAAGAUGACCUUCUGGGUUCUGAUUUAUUUAAUUACUACUGCUGUGGUCUGGUUUAGAGGGAGUUGAUAUAGUUAUAGUGAUUUACUCCUUGUCAAGUAGAUGCUAUAGAAUAGAGCAAGCAAUAUUGUUUCCAAUUAAGUGUCUGCAAAAAAAGGAAUGUGGUAUGUUUAUGUAAUCCCUUAACAAUUUUAGAAAUAUGCUUAACAGGUUUCAGUGAUCUCAAGUGUAGAAGUGUCACAGAAUGUAAGAGGCACUGACAGUUUUGUUUCAACUACUGUUCUAUAAUUUUUCAAGCACUCUUAUAGAUUGUACUGACAAUAACUGAAUGAACAGAACCUUUAAUGUUGAAAAUUAAAACAACUGAAAGUAAUCAGAAAUACGUAGUUACGUUUUUAUCAAAAUAAAUUUGAAGUGUCUCCCUCGCCCAGUGGCAAAUGAGUAAAAGCAGUCUCCUAAAUAUAAUAAACACUGUGUGUGCAUUGAUAAAAUACACUUACCUGCUUGCCCAAAAUAUUUCGGCCACUAAAUUUGGAUUUGACAGCCAUAUGGCUGACAGUGUUUCUCUGCCCCCUGUGCACUUCUUUCUGAAGAAACCUAGCUUGGGUCCUGUAAUGAGAUGCCUGCAAAUCAGUCACAGUUAUGGAGUUUGUGUGUAUUUUAAAAUACAACAGAGAUGUGCUAUACCUGGGCGUAUUUCUGGCAGUUUCUACUGCACUGUCAGCCCCCAGGAUCCUUGCUGCUCUUUUUAGCAGCCAUUUACUUAGAAGAGCCUUGUAAAAUAAGUAAUUUAUAAAUAAAAUGUUGUAAUUUUUGUUUAA